CCGAAAGAUCUCCGAGAACCCCAUGCAGUGAGGCUGCCGACGUGCAUGUGCUACAUAACAUAGUACUGUUACUGCCCUCGUGCGAGCAAUAGGAAACUUUAAAGACUGCUCAUGAAAGUCUUACAUGUACCAGGAAUUCCCCAGUAAACUACCAAAUGAAGCACUUCACAAGGCGUGCAAUUCCCGAAACUAUCGUGAUAUCGUCAUUUAUCAGCAAGCUUGCACAGCUUCCAAUCCCAAUCGCUCAUGUUUACUUCGUUUGAGUCAUGGCAGUUGUACCGAAACUCUUACGCCUCCCAGUCCGUCGCGGAUUGAUUCCGUCGCUUGGGGUAGCAAAACCAAAUGUCUUAUGGUUUGGUUGUUCUAGCAGUGGAUUUCAGGAGGCUCGAGAGCUCGAACUAAUGCCAGGGGAGAUUAUUGAGCAUAGAAAUCUGGGCAAUCUGCUCUCAAAUCAGGAUCUAAGCACGUCUAGCACGGUGGAAUAUGCGCUGACCGCGGAACAGGUGAACCAUAUCGUGAUCUGCGGUCAUUAUGGAUGCAGUUUCUUGACUCCAGAUUCGAAGAAGAGCGACGGUGUCGACUCCUGGUUGAAGGACGUUCGCAAACUGUACGAAUCUUGGAGCGAUGAGCUAGAGAAAAUCGAGGAUGUUUCCGAACGCCAACGUUUGUUUGCGGAACUUUAUACUUGGUCGCAGUCUCGAGAUGUGCUGAAUAGGAAAAUCGUGAUGGAUGCUAUGGAUAAUCAGGGUAUCAAGGUUCAUGCCUUCAUUUACGAUGACGCGAAGAAGGAAUGUCUCCAGUUGACUACUAGCUAA